GAUAAGAAUGAGGUCAACAAAGUGAUCCGAAGUGGAAAGAGAGGAGUGAGGCAAAGGGAAAGUUUGAAGGCUUAUCUCAGUAAUGUGAAGGGACAGCUGAGAGGUGAUGAGCAGUGCAGUCACCACGGUCUUCUAGUUAACCCUUUCUAGACGUUCCCACAAGAAUUAUUUGUCAUAUAUUCAGGACAGUUGACUUUAAGGUGUGUUUGUGUGUGUAAUAUCCGGACUUUAUGGCAAAUAUUUGCUUCUGACGUUGCCCCAUAACCUGCUGAUGUGCUCACAUUCACAUGAACGAGUGAAACAUCACAGCUCCGACUUGUAUUGACAGGUAUUUUUAAAGCUCCUAAACGCAACCUUCCAGCUUCUGCUGCUGCUGCUGCUGCCGCCGCCGCCUGUGGUGCCAGUGCGCAUGCGCGUUGCUGACUCUCCAGUAAUCCGCUGUUUUGGAGCGAGAUUGCAUCCGCGUUCACUUGCUCUUCCCUUGGGUGGAUUUAAAUCAUGUUGCAUGAUAAAUAUAAGGAGACAACACGUCUAUUCAACGGGGACGACCCGCGUGGAGCCGUUUAAUAGAGCCGGCGUGGGAUGGAGCACCUCGAAGAAGCGGCAUUCAAGGAGAGACCGGAGCGAUGCAUGUCUUCUAUAAAAUACAUAGCCGUCUACAACCCAUGAAAGACUUGAAUUAAGAAAUGAUUACAUACUGGAGGAGAUUCGGGUUCAGAUUUUGUAAGAUUUGACUUUCUGGAUAUUGUUUUGUGUGCUGUGUGUGUCACGCUUUCUCAGGCUGCGUGUUGCGUUCACGUACGACACGCUCCGUGGCCACUGCAUACUGUACCACCAAGACUAUUAUUUUUUUUUAAACGAAUAGGCUAAUUAGGAGGCAUGGAACAGCCAAGCAGCACGAUGCGCUUACAAUGUCAGAUCUAAGGAUAAAUUAGCUACCUGCCAUCAUUUUUUUUAAGUUGGGCGAGUUGCUUUCACUGCCCUUAAAACUCCCUAUGGAUUUUUUAUAACGCAACUGAAUAACAAGGAGGCACAUCCUGUGACAAGUUGACCAACUGGACCGACCUGUUUGGAAGAACCUCAAUAGUAAAAUAUAAUUUUUUGUGUUUUUGCAGUUGUAAACAUGGCAAUCCUGUUAUCUUUUUACAAGCAUCCCAUUUCCUCUUUAUGUUCCCAUGUCUCAGAGGUCCAACUUAAAACCCUCCGCGUGGGAAAACCUCAUUCCCAUUAGCUGAUGGAUGCUAUGCAGCUGUGGCGUUUGAGUGCCUCUGCUUCAGUCCAGCUGUUAGCCAGACCACAUGUCUGAAAGAUGAGAUUUGGGGGAAUUAGCGUCAUGCUUGUAGUUUUGCCCUCCCCAGGAAAUGCAGCACAUUGAUUUUCUCUUACUGGACCUAAGUCGAGCUCCAUGCUGUUUAUUGAUUGUUUGCAACUGUCUUGGUGGACUAUGAGGCUAUUGUUGAUGGCCUCUGUGAACCCAGCAUAGUUGGGCAUAGUUCUCGGAAAGGAAAGCAUGAGCCUGCACAAACUGGAGAGACGCGUCCCAAGGCAUGCAAGAGGAAUUAAUAGCAGCCCUGUUGUGGAAAGCCUAAAGUCAACAAGACGGACACACAUGUAUCGCAUUUAACUUCUUGAAAGGAACUGUGGCAAGCCGAACAGGAAGUUAAAUCCACAAUUAAUUUAAGUUGGUUCCACCAGUGCCAUCCUCCUCCUCCUAUCACUGGCGGUGAUGGGGAGCUCAGCCUCAUCCCUCACCGCAGAGACUGAGUCAGACCAUGGUUUCCGCAGCAACCCCUACCCAUCAUCGCCCCCGGUGGGCUGGCUCAGGACCAGUCACAGCAGCCCGGUGUGGGGCACCAGCUUUAUCACACGGCAGCAGCAGCAGCAGCAACCUCCGCUGCCUCACCGGGAGCGCAGCCACUCUCACUCUCCUGGCUCCAUGGCCGCUGCAGUCCGAGGCAGUGAAUGGUCAUGUGGACGCUGCACCUUCUUAAAUGUCGGCGGAGCACCUCGCUGUUCCAUCUGUGAGGCCCCUCGCCAAAAACCUGACCUCAACCAGAUCCUUCGCCUGAGCAGCAGCGAGGAGCACCGUUGGGCUUGCCCCCGCUGUACCCUCAACAAUCCUCAGGGAUCGAAAGCCUGCUCCGUCUGCGGGUUCGGACCGUCCUCCACCACCCCGGCCCCUGCCAUCACAACCGUCGCUGCCACGUCAAACGGUCUCCCGCCUGCUCCUACGGAACCCCCAACGCUGAACGUCAAGCCCACGGUGCUUUCAGAACCCCAAGGACAGGUUUCGUUGAAAGACGACAUGUUGAGACGUUCGGAGAGCAAUGGAGAGGUGGGCGUGUCAGAUGUGCAGCAUCUGGGUUGGGCUUGCCCUCGCUGCACACUUCUCAACACACCUGUUGCACUCUCGUGCUCAGCCUGCGGUGGGCCCAGAAAACUAUCGCUACCCAAAAUCCCCCCUGAGGCUCUGGUGGUGCCUGAGGUGCGCACACCCGUACUGGGGUUCCCCGUGGGCUCAGCAGGGACAGCGCCACUAGUCAUUGACUUAACAGAUGAUUCGCCUCCAGCUCCUCCCUGCGACCCCCAAGAACCUCCCCAUGUGUCCUCACAGCCCCUCUCUUCUGCGUUUAGUGCUUUUACUUCCCUCCAGAAUAACCCCGUGCCACGAAGUCGUAGAGAAGUGCCCCCUACGGGGAGGCCACCAAACCCAGGUAACAACACGCCGAGUCCCACCUCACCUUCAAGCACGGGUGUCCCCCUACAGCCUGGCCCACAACGUCCUUCCAAACCCAAACACGCCCAACCACAAGAGCCCUCAUACCCUAGUAAGCGCCUCAGUAUUUUAGAAGAAGACCCCGAAAAUCAUCCAGUCCCCACAUGGAAGUGCCCGGGCUGCUCUUUGGCUAACCCAGGCGGCCUGUCUAAGUGUGACACCUGUCGAUCAUCACGGGCUGGUGCUGACUUAAUCGAUUUGGGUUGCGAGACCGUACGCUUCACCCCGGCAAGCCCCUCUAGCCCAGACUUCAGCACCUGGGCUUGCUCUAAGUGCACCCUGCGAAAUCCCACAGGUGCUCCAAAGUGCUCAGCCUGUGGUUCUUCCAAACUGCAUGGCUUCCAGGAGCAGCAGGCCCCCCUACCACGUUGCUGCUCACACUGUGGCCAGGUCCCAUCAGGGUCUGGCACAGCAUGCUCCUGUAAUCCCACCUCUUCUUCAUCCUCAUCGGGUCAUAAAACACGGAAACAGGGCAGAGGUUUCCCGUCCUCGGCUUCUUCCACUUCCUCCUUGGAGAGGGCAGGACAGUGGAGUUGCCCAGCGUGCACGCUGCUCAAUGACGUCAAGGCCAAGAACUGUGCGGCAUGCCACACACCCCAGCAGUACCUUACCCUUCGCAAGGUGGUCAAGCCUCUGAAGAGGAGGGAAAGCAUGCACGUCGAGGCUCGUCGGCGAAAUGAUGAAGGUGAAGCCAAGGAGCUUUGGGAGAACAUUGUCAGCUUCUGCAGAGAGAACAAAGUCAACUUCGUGGAUGACAGCUUCCCCCCAGGACCUCGGUCCGUAGGCUUCCCUGAGGGAGACAGCGUCCAACAGCGAAUCAAGAAGUGGCUCCGCCCUCACGAGAUCAAAUGCAGCAACUUCAAAGACCGAGGCGUCAAGUGGUCCGUUUUCCGCACACCGCGGCCCUCUGACAUCCUCCAAGGGUUGCUGGGAAACUGCUGGUUCCUCAGUGCCCUGGCGGUGCUAGCCGAGCGUCCCGAGCUGGUAGAAAGGGUAAUGAUCACCAGGACCAUCUGCACUGAGGGAGCCUACCAAGUUCGCUUAUGCAAAGACGGAACAUGGACGACAGUGCUGGUGGAUGACAUGCUGCCCUGCGAUGACUACGGCUUCCUUCUAUUCUCCCAGGCCCAGAGGAAGCAGCUUUGGGUGGCACUCAUUGAGAAAGCCUUGGCAAAGCUCCACGGCUCCUACUUUGCCUUACAAGCGGGGCGUGCCAUCGAGGGCUUGGCAACACUGACGGGGGCUCCGUGCGACUCCCUGAUGCUGCAGGUCAGCUCCACCAACCCACGGGAGGAACCCAUCGACACUGAUCUGAUCUGGGCCAAGAUGUUGAGCUCCAAGGAAGCCGGGUUUCUGAUGGGGGCCUCGUGUGGGGGAGGCAACAUGAAGGUGGACGAUGCUGUCUACGAGUCGCUGGGUUUGCGGCCUCGCCAUGCCUACUCCAUCUUGGAUGUACGAGACGUUCAAGGAUACAGGUUGCUGCGCCUCCGUAACCCGUGGGGUCGAUUCUCGUGGAAUGGCAGCUGGUCGGACGAAUGGACGGACUGGCCACAGCACCUGCGUCAUGAGCUAAUGGCUCACGGGAGCAGUGAAGGGGUCUUCUGGAUGGAGUACACCGACUUCAUCAAGUACUUUGACUCUGUGGAUAUCUGUAAGAUCCACUCAGACUGGCAGGAGGUGCGGCUGCAGGGAUCCUUCCCGAGCAAGGCCAGCGGUCCCGUCACUGUCACAGCCCUCACCGUGCUGGAGAGGACGGCGUUGGAGUUUGCUCUCUUCCAGGAGGGAAGCAGGCGCUCUGACACCGCCGACAGUCACCUGCUGGAUCUGUGCAUCAUGGUGUUCCGGGCCUCUUUUGGGAGCAGCAAUAAGCUGACCCUGGGCCGCCUGUUGGCGCACAGUAAGAGAGCAGUGAAGAAGUUUGUUGGCUGCGAUGUGAUGCUGGAGCCGGGGGAGUACGCCGUGGUGUGCUGCGCCUUUAACCACUGGCAGAUGAACGUCAGUGGGUCGGGAGGUCCACCCACACCUAUCUCCAGUCCAACCAGUGGAGCCCAGCGGCGACCCAGUCAAGACUUCCCAGGCUACAUCCUGGCUAUUUACAGCUCCAGACAGGUGAUGGUGGAGCAGGUAGAGGCGACCGCCACCACGCUGGCAGACGCCAUCAUCCUGCUGACAGAAAACAAAGGCGAAAGACACGAGGGCCGUGAGGGCAUGACGUGCUACUAUUUGACACACGGCUGGGCGGGACUCAUUGUAGUGGUGGAAAACCGCCACCCUAAGUACUACCUCCACGUCUCCUGUGACUGUACGGACAGUUUCAAUGUGGUGUCAACGCGCGGCAGCCUCAAGACCAUCGACAGCGUCCCACCUUUACACCGGCAAGUGCUGGUAGUGCUCUCCCAGCUGGAAGGAAACGCCGGCUUCUCCAUCACGCACCGACUGGCUCAUCGCAAGGCAGCCCAAGCAUCUCUGGGCGACUGGACGCCCACCAAAGCCACACACAGCCCCCAGCUCACCCCAGACAUUGACGGGCUGCACCGACCCAGGCCGCUAUGACCACCGUCCAACAAUAUGGCUGACUGUCAAAGCACUGGAAGACCGGGAGAAAGACACACAUGUGAAUGUAUUCAUCAACACUGAAGCUUUCAUCCAAGUUGGAAUGAAACGGGGGGAUGGGGGGGUCGGGGACACGCUCAGCCUCAAGCCCCGCUUUUAAAGUGUCAAAACGUGUGGACAGCUUCCGUACAAGCGCUGUAUACGUGGAUUCCCAAAAAGUCAGGGUGGAGUGCUGUAACUACUGAGCCAUUUUCCAAGACUUUCUCCUUAAAACUCCGCCCACUCUGAAUACCAGAAAGAGCACCCGACCCACCAGUAUGGUACCAAUUGAGCCAAACCACUUUCCAUGUAGGUUUUUUUUUAUAAUUUUGACAAUGCAGGUACAGUAUCAGUCUUACAUGUUUCAUCCUUAUACUUUUUAUUGUUGUGCAUGUGUGAAGGUCUUAGAACAGGGGUCGGCAACCUUUAACAUCCACUUCUUGAAAGCAUAUUAGCUAAGCUAAACCUUCUCUUGUUUAUCCAAUCAGCAGUCAGAGUGCAGAGCUUGGCAUGGGAGCCACAACAAGGAGCCUAAAAAAACCCACAUGGGGCUCCGGAGCCGCGGGUUGCCGACCCCUGUCUUAGAAGAAGCCAUCAUUUUUACUUACAUGUUCAUGCUCUAUUUUUAUCUCAGGACCAAAAGGUGUCAUUGAAUUGUUCCUACAAGAGAAAACCUACUACAAUGUUUAAUAUGUCGCCAUCUCAUGGACAUACAGUGUAAUGACAUCAUAACAACAAACAGAAGUCAAACAGCCUAUUAAAUAGCUGACAGCAUUGCACUCACCCAUAUUUUACCUAUAUUGUUUUUACCUCUUUUUAGACAUGAUAUGGACUAAGGAACUGGGACAUUAUCAUAAUAAAUCUCGAAAUAUGGCUAGUGUACACGUACAGAGAAGUAUAUUUUUCACAAACGUGUUGGAUGACUUUUCCCUUUUCUGUUGACUUUAGGCUAAAAUUUGAAUUUCCAUUCAUUGGGAUAUUUGGACCAAAUGUUUACAUUUCCCUUCAUGUGGGUAAUUCCUUUUUAAAUUUGAUUUUUAAAUUUCUGUUAUCAAAUUUUGUUGUUUCCUUAACUCGGACAUUUAAAUGACAUUUCUGUUUAUUUAGACCAAAUAUUGACAUUUCAUAGAGAUGUUGGAAAUUUUCCGUCAAAGAGAGAUGUAUUUAUUUUUGACCUGUUCCUUUUAUUUUUGCUGAUUUCCCUUUAAAUCUCAUUCAUUUUGGACAUUUGAAGGAAAUUUAGGCACUUUUCUUUCUCCAAAUUUUUAUCAAUUAAUUUUUUUUCAUUUGCAUAAUUGUACUCAAAUUCAGAUUUUGACAUUCCCCUUCAUUUAAACAUCCAUCCAUUUUCUAUACUGCUUAUACUCACAAGGGUUAUCCCUAUCCCAGCUGUCUUUAGGAGCACAUUUUCAGGACAUUUAGCUCAUAUUUUGAGAUUUUCCUUAUCAAGACAUUUUGUUCCAAGUUCUUUCACAGCAAACCACACCUUAUUGACCUUGCAACGGAAAAGGGGCCUUCCUAAACUGUUCCCACAAAGCUAGAAAUAUAAACUUAACAAAAUAUAUUGAUAAAAUAUUUAAAUAUUAAAAUUAAUAAACCAAUGAAAAGGUUAUCCCAGCACCUUUAUGUCCCUCUUCCCCCAAAUUGGUGCGGUCUAAACACUGGAGGCUUGUUUACUCCCCCUUGUGUCACUAAAUGGAGUGAAUGAAUGCUGUAUUGGAAGGUCACCUGGAUGUUUGUGUAAUAUCAUACACACAAAUACAUUGGAGUUGUCAAGGGAGUCCCACAGGAGCUGUUAGGACGGUGGUGGGGGAUCUCUCUUUAUGUAUGAGUGAGAAUCCAGGCCCUUGCAUUUUGUUGCAGCAAGAAAAGGAUUUAGGACAGGAUGCCUGACGGCUAUUUUACACUUUUCCCUGUUAGGAUUCCUCCCGUGAAACCGCUGCUGGAGAUGAAUGCGGUACAGUCUAGUGACAACUAGGUUUAUUUUUGUCUUACUUGAAAGCUGCGGAGUGAUUUAAAUUGAAAACUUGAUUUAUUUUUGUCUUUUUCACAAUUUUUUUACCUUCAGGGGGAGUUUAAAAAGUGUAAAUAAGUUUUCCAAAGAGACAUCCAUGUAUACAAUGUCCACUCUUCCAGAUACCUUCACUGAACAUCCGUGCAAUUUAAUGUAUUUUUUAUUGGUUUGCAGGAAGGUGAUGACUUCCAUCUAAUGUUUGUUUUCUGUCUUCAUAGUCACUUUGGCUCUCACUGGUGUCCUCUCCUGUUUAAGCAGUGGUGGUGUUGGGGUUUUUUUGUUUGUUUCACUGGCGCCCCCUACUGCUGGUCAGAAUAGGUUACAGGCUAGAGACAAUAAACACUAGCUGGCCUUUCUCUGCUAUGACAUUGUACAGGUGCAAAGCUAAGCUCUGGUGUAAAAAAAACAAAUGGUAAUACAAAAAACAUUCAAGUAGUUAAAUCCAACAAACUACGGCUUCAAGCUUACGAAUGUGAUAUACAGUAUAUAUAUUUUAUUGAUCCUUUUUUGUCAGGGGGAAUGAGUAUAUGUGUACAAAUUUCUUUGUUUUAAUAUUUCAAUCUCAGGUUCCACUGGACCAA